AUGCUGGUGAUCAUGCAAGAGCAACAUCAACCCCAUCAUCAUCAGCAGAAUCCUUCUGUACUGUUGCCACAACUCACCACCACCUCCCUUAGGUCACCAUCGUCCACCUCCGCCGCCUCACAAUCCCAUCUUUCUUCGCCUAUCCAUAUCGCUUCCCACCGCCAACCUCUACUACCGCAACUUCCGGCGCCGGUCGCGGCUGUUCUCCCGUCCGGGGAGGCGGUUUCGACGGCGCCGCCGAAUUUGCAGUUGGCAAGGGUUCGUCUGUCCGACAUUGCUCCAUAUGACGGUGCACCGGCGGGGCCUUAUGUCAGGGCGAUGGAAACACUGUGUUCGUCUCUGUUGAAGCACAACGCGGCGUUGAUUGAAUUAGGGAGUGAAGAUACUGCUCUGAUGCGAUGUGGAUUGGAAGGUGCUAGAUUGUUCUUCAGAAGUAGAGCACAUCUCGGUGUUGGAAAGGGAAGUCGCGGGGUUUACAUGUAUAGAGCAGGAAGGGCUUUGGAGGAUUGGGAUUCAUCUCCUCCUUGCAUGGCUGAUAUUUUUAGGUGCAUGGGAAAGGCUUCUCGUGUUGCUUUGUCAGUCAUUGCAAGGCAUCUGCGAUUGAGAAGCGAUGUUUUUAACCAACUGCUUGAUGAUGCUCCAUUACCUGCUAAUGAGGUGUCUUCUUCUGUUCUUGUUGGGACCUACUCACACGCUUCUUUGCAAAAUGGAAAAGGUGCCAUUGGAGGUGGUAAGCCCAGCAUCAAUGGUGAAAACGAGAAGGGAUUAUUGACCUUGAUAUCUUCUGACACUCCUGGUUUUCAGGUAUGUGAUCCCAAUGGCCGCUGGUAUCUGGCAGACAGUGGGUCUGGGCCAGGAGAUCUUUUACUGAUUACAGGCCGGGCGCUAAGCCAUGCUACUGCAGGUCUACAUCCAGCCGCAUCAUAUAGAGCUUCUCCAGAUUGUUUUCUGAGUCCGAAUAGUGGAGUAAGGACUUCACUUGCAUAUAGACUCAUGCCACAGGGCAAUGCUAUACUAGAUUGUUCUCCAAUUGCAGCAGCGGGUCAUGUUAUUCCUCAAAGCUAUGUUCCAAUAUCUGUAAGCCAGUUUAUGGACGACCUUGCUGCUGAAGAACUGAUAGGCAGCCAAUGUGCUAAUGAUGAUGUUGCCCAAAGCAAUGUGAAUAAGGACCCAUCAUUAAGAAGUGUUCUAUCAGAUCCUUUAUCUGGCUCAUUCUUGGAAGAUGCAAUGCUUGUCUCAUGUGGACAUUCUUUUGGUGGUCUCACACUGAGAAGAGUCAUUGAAACAUCAAGAUGCACUCUCUGCAAUGUUGAUAUUGAGACUGGUUCUCUGAUCCCUAAUCUCGCUCUUAGAGCUGCAGCUGCUGCUGUCAAGCAUGAGGAUGAUCGAAGGCUAUUUCGCAAUGCCGCUCUUCGAAAGCGUCGGAAAGAAAUGGGUGAACCAAUGGAUCCAAUCAGAAGAAUGAACAGGGAAAAUGGAGAUUUUACUUCUGCUGAUGGACUCCAGCGGGGAGUACAAUAUCCAUUUUCAGUAAAUGAGAAAGUUAUUAUUAAGGGUAACAGGAGAACCCCUGAAAAAUUUGUUGGGAAAGAAGCUGUAAUCACAUCUCAGUGUCUCAAUGGCUGGUAUUUGCUCAAGAUUAUUGGAUCUGGAGAGAAUGUCCGCCUGCAGUAUCGUUCUCUCAGGAAGCUCUUGAACGCACCAACUAUGGAGGAUCAGAGUCAGUUGCAGCUAGUUCAAAAUAGCAGCUCUUAA